UGUCAAAAGGUGACUUUGGAGAACUGUGGUUGAGAACGGGAAAAGGUGUUUGUCCUCAAUACCACCGCUGUGUGAGGAAACCUUUCAGCUGAUCGGGGCUGCAAACGGAGCUUCUGGACAGUUAACAAUGUUGAAAAAUUAAUAACCUUUUUUGGUUCCGUUUUUAUGUUCUAACAAAAAAAGGGUCUUCACAGGACCACCCUGAAAGGGGUUGUAGCCUGGGAUGCAAACGAAUUUCUGUUGAAGCAGCUGCUGCGCGAGGAAACCUCUCCGCUGUAUGGAGUUGUAAACGGAGCUUCUAAACCGUUGACAAUACUGAAAUGUUGAUAAACCUUUUUUAUUCCUUUUUUAUGUUCUAACAAAAAAAAGGUCUUUAGUGAAAUGUUCACAGGACCACCCUGAGAGGGGUUGUAGCCUGCAAUGCAAACGGAUUUCUGUUGAGGCAGCCAUCUUGGAUUUAUGCCACCCACCCAUUCAGACAAAACACCUGGUAGUCCAUGACAGCAGUAGAAGAGGAGUUUGCAUUUAUACCCCCCUUUUCUGUCCUGUAAAGCGACUCAGAGUGGCUUACAGAUUCCUUCCUCUUCCCACAAAAUGGUGAGCUAGGUGGGGCUGAGACAGUUCAGAGAGAACUGUUUCUAGUUCAAGACCACCCAGCAGGCUUUAUGUGGAGGAGCAAGGAAUCGAACCUGGUUCUCCAGAUGAGAGUCCACCACUCAACCACUGCAACACACUGGCUCUACAGGACACUAUAUUAGCAGUGUAUCCAUUGUGGUCAUUUAUUCCUGUCAGGCAAAGAGUUACCCGUGUUUGAUUGUUCGAUGCAAACGAAUGAAGUGUCUGGGUCUGGAUGGGGUCAUGACCCCUUCAGGUGGGCCACCAGAGGUUCUAGAGGACAACCUGAUGACCCCCCACCACUGAGCAGGGCAGCAACACUCUGAACCCUCCAACUUUUCAGGACUGGGGUGAAAAUGAUGAUUUGGGGGAAGGGGAAGUGAAGAGUGCCGUUUCUCAGAUAGCUGCAUCGUCGCAGGAAACACAGCUGUUCUGAUGCAGGUGCUUGUAAAAUUCCUAAUUACUGUAGGGGGGACUUCAGGUUAUUGGGAUGACCCUAGCUCAGCUUUCAGAAUGUCUAAUUAGAUGCCACUGGGGUUACUAAACAUCCUUUUGAAAAAUUCUCGUUGCAGGGGUCACUUGAGGUCAGUGGGGUUCCUAGGGAAGUGGGCGCUGAAUGCUCCUUUUCCCUUGCAGCAGGGGCCUUGUUGAGAAUAAGUAGCAGUGCUCAAAGUAGCCCCACCCCUUUAAAGCCAUGGUUUGGGGUGGGGGAAGCCAUAGGCUUAGCUAUGUGGUCUGAUAGCCAGUGGGCCCCUCCUGCCUCAGGAAGCAGCUGCUCAGCCCCACGGGAGGGUUUUCACCUUUGCCCAGCCGCCGUGUGCCCAAACUGCAGCGUGUCCUAAACAGGUGGCCUCCUCCUCCUCCUCCUCCUCCUCCUCCCGGGGGCUCCAGGCGCUGUCCUCUUGGCUAGCUCAGUCUCCGUGUUGGCCCUCGAAGCUCAAGGGGGUUGCUUGCCUAGCUUUGCAAAAGAGCCAGCAAGCAGGAGGUAUUUUUGCAGCUACUUCUGAGGUUUUGAUGCUGUGCUAAAAACCAACAUUGUGAAGCCAGGCUCUCUUCAGCCCCACCCUGGCAUUCUGGAGAAGCACCUGCUCCGUGGCCCUACCCCCCGCCAGCCAGAGAGAAGGCACUGCUGGGGAUGGCGGCUGCAUCUGCCCCGGGCUGAGCGAGGCCUGCUGCCGGCCACACCACAAGGGCCAUGCUCCCUGCGAUCUGGCUCUCUCUAAACAAGCACCGUCUCCCAUUCAACAUGCCUGGCCUUCAAGGAAGAAAGAGACUUGAGAGGUCCUUUUAAGGCAACAGUUAUUGUGUGGUGGCUGCAGCCAUUCCCUGGGGAGCGGAUGCUGCAGCUGCAGCCACCCUGCCUGCCCUUGAUCCUUGCCUUUGCCCCCAUCUCUUCUGAACCUCCCCCUCCCCCCCCACCAGCUGCUGGCCAAAAAUAGCCUCCAUUCCACAACCAUAUUUGUGCAAGAGACCAGGAGCAACUUGGAAGCAGGUCAGCUGCCGGCAGAAGCCGCCUCCUUCCCGCUCACGCUCACACUCCAAGAGGGAUGCACAUCACGCAGCUGAACGGGGAGUGCCUGCUCCACCUUUUUUCUUUCCUGGACAAAAACAGCCGGAAAAACCUGGGCCAGACGUGCCGCUGCUUGAUGACAGUCUUCCGGGAGCCCUCGCUCUGGCCUCUGCUGCAGUUCCACUCGCCUGCCGAACUCACCAAGGGGAACUUUGUCCUGGGGCCAGCCCUGCGCCGCCUCUCCGUCUGCUGGCACUCCAGCCGGGUCAAAGUCUGCAACAUUGAGGACUGGCUGAAGAACGCCUUCCAGAGGGACGUCUGCAGCACCCACGAGCGCACCGUCAACGACUUCUUGCUCCAAGUUUGCAAGAGGUGCCCAAACCUUCUGGCCCUGACCCUUUCGGGGUGUGGCCACGUCACCGAUGACGCUCUCGCGCUGCUGUUCCAGAGCUGCCCCUGCCUCAGGACUCUCCAACUGGAAAACUGCGUCCGGAUCAGCGACCGGACUCUGGAAGCUGCGGCCCUCCAUGCUGACUCUUUACAAACCCUGCAAGUGGAUUUCUGCAGGAACAUCACUCAGGCUGGUCUGCGGAGGUUCCGGAAAAAACGUCCUGCGGUAACUCUGACAGCGGAGAGGAGCGCAGACAUGAUCCCAGACCAAAAACCGGGCAACUGUAGCGUGUCUGAACGAGCAGCAAAAAAACUCUUGUGGUGCUAACCGCAUCCCGUGACUGGUGUGCUUCUGUUUCAGGAUCUGAAUGGGAACACUGGGGUACAACCACUAGGAAACUCUCUGGCAUAAGCCCCCGGCAGUCUCUGGAGGACCUUGGAUUUGGGUUGCCUGGAAGGAGUAGGGGGUCACUUUCCCAUAGAAGGAAGAUCAGCCACAUGUUUGCACAAAGCCUGGAGAACUUCUCCAGUGGAAUUCUGGACCAUCACCAUGACAGACGCAGUAGGAGAUAAAUCACGGACCUUAUUUCUUGUGUCGGGCACUUCUACCCUUUACCAGCAUCUCAACUUGUGAUCAUCUCUGAAAAACCCCAAACUCUGCAAAAGGAAGUUGCAUCUCUCCGUUUGCCAAGACUUUGCUCUACCACGAUAGUUAAUUUUUACCAAAAUAAAUUAUUUAGCGUAAAGAAAA